ACAUCACCAAUUAUCGUCUACUUAGAUAUACACAGCCUACCAAUCAUAGUUGUAGUUAUAAGAAUGGGCUUCGAUGCUUUAUUGAAGUUAAAAGGUGCUGGAUUGGCUACAGAAGAAUAUCUGAAGGAGAAAUGGGGGCGCAGAAAAUCCCGGGAAAUCCUAGCGACGAGAGAAGACGCAGCUAGAGCCGAGCAAGAGAGGCUUCGACAGGAGAAAAAUGGAUUUCUCCGCUUGGUUUUGGCAAAAAUUACCGGAGAGUCGGUCGUUGAGAUGCCGCCAUUAGAAUGCAAUCCGACAACGUCCCAUAAAGCCGUCUUUUUAGUCACUAUACCAAUCGAGUUCGGCGUGUUUGAACUAUCAAGGAAUUCCUAUAACUUGCUUGCCAAGCAUGUCGGUAUGAGUCUAAACAGUGUCAGUCAUUGGGCCCUAUGCGUAAUUGAUCGUGGCUUCAAUCCUUCCUACUGUUACGAUUUGAUGAGCGACCAACUAGCGCUCAACGCUAUCGGCAAGAACUUCUUUCGUGUGACAGAUGUUGUUGCUACAUACAUCGAGACAUGGAGCUCAUGUUAUUAUGUUGGCGAGACAACAAGAUCGCAUCAAGAGAUCCAAGAGCUAGGGCUUCACCACAUGGCGCUACAUCCACGUUAUAAUCUCUUGACAAGCAACUGCCAGGAUCUUGCGGAAAGUCUAGUUAAGCAAUUGUGCGAUGGUAAAGUUAUCAGCCAAGCAAAACUGAGCGAGGAGUUGUCUUUGGCAUCACCGAAACUUGCCUUAGAUCUUAUGGUGGCGCGAUUGAGAUCUAAAGUAGAAAUAUCGAAAGAACAUGAGAACAGUGAAACUGUGAAGGAAGAUAUGGAUAUCAUCAAAGGAUUGCUCCAUAAAGUCCAUCACAGAUAACCCGUACUAUAUUCUAAUCAGAAGACGGGAACGGAAGUAAUGCAUAAUUGUAUAUGAAUAUGAAUAUUUUAAUAGAUUAUGUAUGUUACUUAUUUUGACAA